GGGAGUUUUUUGGUAUCGCAUAUAUGACUCUCAUAUUCAACUAAAUCGAUAAUACGUUGGAAACUGUUAUUAUAUGAAUGUUUGCACUUAGCAAUUAUUCACUCUGAUCUUUUCCACUUUUAAUAAAUUUAAGUUCUCUGUUUCACGAAAUAGAGAUGCAGAGUGUCAUAAAUUCCGUAAAAGGUACUGCGCUUGGUGUUGCCGAAUACUUAACCCCUGUAUUGAAGGAAAGUAAAUUUCGAGAAACUGGGGUAUUAACACCAGAGGAGUUUGUGGCAGCUGGUGAUCAUUUGGUACAUCAUUGCCCAACAUGGCAAUGGGCUACUGGUGAUGAAGAUAGGAUGAAGUCAUAUCUCCCUAAAAAGAAACAAUUUUUAUUGACACGUAAUGUUCCUUGUACUCGCAGAUGCAAACAGAUUGAAUACAGCAAGGAACAAGAAUGUAUUAUAGAAACCGAUGAUCCAGAAGGUGGUUGGGUUGAUACACAUCAUUAUGACACAAGCAUCGGUGGAAUUGAAGAAAGAAUAACAGAAAUGACAUUAGAUGAAACACAACUUUCUCAAUCAAUUGGUACAGAAGAAAAUAAUGGAGAUGAUGCUGAUAAUGAUGAUAAUGAUGAUGAUGAUGAUGAUGAUGAUGAUAAUGAAGAUGCUGCAGAUAUGGAAGCUUUUGAAGUCAGUGGGAUGCUAGAUGAACAAGACAAGUAUACAGCAAAAAUUACAAAAAAACCAGCCAGGGAAAAAUGGGAAUCAUUUUCUGAAGGAGAAAUUAUUCAUACGCGUACAUAUGAUUUAUAUAUUACAUAUGAUAAGUAUUAUCAAACACCUCGAUUAUGGCUUUCAGGAUAUGAUGAGAAUUGUAAGCCUUUGACAGUACAAGAAAUGUAUGAGGAUGUUAGUCAAGAUCAUGCUAAAAAGACUGUUACAAUGGAAGUACAUCCUCAUAUACCUGGACCUCUAAUGGCUUCAGUUCAUCCUUGCAGACAUGCUGAAGUAAUGAAAAAAAUUAUUGAAACUGUAAUGGAAGGUGGUCGUGAGCUGGGAGUACAUAUGUAUCUUAUAAUAUUUCUCAAAUUUGUGCAAUCUGUAAUUCCUACAAUCGAAUAUGAUUACACACAAAAUUUUAUGUUAAAUGCUUCUGGUUAG